AUGUCGCGGGAGAGCAAAGCGGUGCUGAUCGUGCACGGCUCUCACACUAUUCGAGCGGGCUACGGCAUACACUCCGAUCUCCUUCGUCGACCUGCCUACGAGCUAUCCUCGCGUGUCGGACUUCCCUUGGACUGGAGAGCGCUCAGAUCUCAGCGUCUGGUAUCGCAAGGCCAGGCGCGAGAACAGGAACAGCCAAGCCCUGCAGCGCUGGAGACUGAAGUACCGCUAGAGGACGAUUAUGUGGUGGGAGAGGAACUGGAUGGCAGGCUGGGCAAUGGCGAGGAGAUGCGAGUGAUCUGGCCCAUGAAGCAAGGUGUGAUCUACGAUUUUCAAGCUUGCAUUGCGCUCUGGUGAGUGAGAGCGCCAUGGUCUUUGAAUCGCUUGCUCAUGGCCACGUCGUAGUGACCGCACGCCACUUUGGAACAGGCGACACCUCUUGUUCCGCAUGAUGCCGCUCAGACCUAGUCUGAACGACUCGCCCAUUCUGCUGGCUCUUCCAGCGCCCAUAUCCCGCUCGACCUACUCUAACAUCACUCGCAUCUUCUUUGAGCUCUUCAAUGCGCCAUCCUUGGCUAUAUUGGAGCAACCGCUGCUGUCCGCGUAUGCCGUGGGAUCACUGGGCGGCUUGGUGGUGGACGUGGGAUGGGAGAGCAUCAAUGUCGCUCCCGUCAUUGACUGUAUGGUGCUUCCAGGCAACAUCCAGACAUGCAGGAUAGGCAUGAAACACCUGACGCUCUACUUGGCACAUCUUCUAAGGAGAGAUAGUUCCUUGACGGACGCGCUCAUCCAGCUGGAUGCCAAGUCUGCAGCGGCCGCAUCAAAAGACACCCAACAAGCAGCAGCUUCGGCUUCCUCGUCCAAAGAUUCUAGCUUGGCUGAAGAGGCUCUUCAGCGCUCAUUUGUCGCCUUGGCCCAGCAAUUGAUCGAGGAGGGCAAAGCCAAGCUUGAAGAGGGGGACAAUGGCGCUGCAGGCAAAAAAGGUGCGACCGCCGCCGCCGCCGCCGGUGAAGGCGAAGAGGAGGAGGAGUUCGACAUUGCUGCUGCUCUGAUCGCUGGGCGGGAAAAAGCCGCUAUGGAGGAGCAGGAAAAGAGAAACAAAGCUGCCCUAGUUGAACAGGGCCAGACUGGCCAAGCUUCGAAGGAGAAAGAUGCCAGGUCUGUGGAAGCGGAAGAGGAAGAUGCAGGCCAAGCUGGCGCGACGGAGGACCCGGAGGCCGUGACCAUCAAGUUUAGGGGCAAGACUUUGAAGAUAGCUCCUCAACCAUUGCGCAACUUUAUUCAAGCUCUGUACGAACCCUCAUUGCUGGCCAACGUGAGGGGUAUCAAGUCUGGCACAUUUCAGGCGUCAGGCGACAGACCUUUUGGCGUGGGAGGUCUCGCAGAGGAGAGGAUCAAUGUGGACGCGCUGGAUGCCACCUUGGGUUUGGACCAAGAAUACAUGCUAGGUCUUCGAGGUCUUACAGAGGUCAUUCAUUCGGUCAUCAACUCCAUACCGGAAGAUGAGCGUCGGUCUACGUUGUGGGAAUCGCUCGUCAUUACGGGAGCACCGGUCCAGGGACUGAGGAAGCUGUCCUUGUCAGUCAUCCAAGCCAGCUCGAAAUACGUCGCUUCUGCAGCAGCUUUGGCAGCGGCCUCUGCAGCUGGCGGACCAAACGGAGGACCUUCGGCUUCCUUCAUGCUUGGAGGGGCAGUCGGUGGCGAUGGAGGAACUCCGGGUCUUGCUCCUUCUGCCAUGGGCUUGAGCGAUAGCAGAAUGACGGGACAGCCCACCAACAUCAGAGCUCUGCAAGUGCCAGACUAUUUUGCAGAGUUUAAAGGCAGGACGGAUCUGGCUCCUUUUUUGGGCGCUACCAUAUAUGGCAAGGUGAGUGGAGAGCGGUGUGAACGAGCAGACCUCUGCACAAAUGCAAGUAUGCGCUGCGAGCAAAACUGCGACGAUGACUGAUCGCGUCUCUGAUGCUCCCUGCUUUUGAUGCUGCAAGCUCGUGUUCAGCGACCCGCACGGCAAAUCGUACGUCACGAAGCAACAGUACAACGAAAAGGGCCCCAGCGUACAUUUUGCCGUCAUUGCAGCCUCAUGA